CAUUCUGAGCCUAACCCACUGACUUCCUGCAGCCGUCACUUUGCUUGUCCGACUUUCUCUUCGGUUGAGUACAGGGUUGUGCGGGGCUCGGGAAUACAAACACUGCUUUACUUGGACCAUGGACGAUUUUUCGCUUGCAGACGCAUUACUGGAGGACUCCCCAGGCAAAGCCUCCAGAGUCAGCAGCACCCACCCUGCUGCCCCGGCUAACCCAGCAUGGCCCAGCUCUGCCCCCUGGAGCAAUCCCCCCGGAACUCCACAGUUCCCACCCUCCUCUGGGCCCUCUGCCCCUAGCCAGCCCUCCGCCCCAGGGCAGUACCCAGCAGGGGGGGGCCCUGGGGCUCCUGGACAGUUUCCAACAGUCCCUGGGGCUCCUGGACAGUAUCCGCCAGGUGGGGCCUCUGGACAAUAUCCUGGUGGCCCUCCUGGUUCUGGACAAUAUCCAGCAGGCCCUGGGGCAGCAGGGGGCCCUGGUCAGUAUCCAGCAGCAGGGGGCCCUGGACAGUAUCCUGGUGCCCCAUCAGCUCCAGGACAGUAUCCUGCAGCAGGGGGCCCUGGACAGUAUCCAGGUGCCCCAUCAGCUCCAGGACAGUUUCCAGCAGGCCCUGGGGCCCCUGGACAGUUUCCCUACCCCAGCCCUGGUGGACAGGCCCCUGGAGCCUUCCCUCCUUCCUCUGGCCCCUUCGCUGGGGGCCCAUUCCAAACACCCAGCGGCCCAUUUGGACCCCCACCCGGUACCUGGGGUCCCCCUGCCACACAGCCAUUCCCCACUGGCCCCCAACCCGCCCAGCCUGGCUCGUUCGGACCAGGCCCUUCGGGCCCCUGGGGGUCAUUCCCUGCCACUUCCGGGCCGUCCUCGCACUUCGGGGGCCCUGCUGCACCGACUGCCCCUCCCUCUGGACCGGCAGGAGCUCUGCGAGUGCCCUAUGAGCUCCCCCUACAGGCUGGGUUAAUGCCUCGACUGCUGAUCACCAUCGCCGGAGAGACCACUAAGAACCCAGUCAGAUUCCACUUUGAUUUUUUGCGAGGCACAGACUCCGUGUUCCACUUCAACCCUCGGUUCGAUGAGAAAGUGGUGGUGAGGAACGCCUGUCUGCAAGGGCGCUGGGGGGCCGAGGAGAGGCAGGGGGGCUUCCCCUUCAUCCCCGGGAAGCCGUUCGAGAUCAAGGUCCUGUGUGAGGAGGCGAUGUUCAAGGUGGCGGUGAAUGGACUUCACCUGCUGGAGUUCCGGUACCGGUUCAAAGCCCUGAACGAGGUCACGCUGCUGCGAGUCCAAGGAGACAUCAAGCUGUCCGUGGUGGCGCCCAGCAUGGUCUAGGACCCCUCCCAACCACGAGCCCCUGUUACCCAGCUUCCCUCUGAGCAACCCUCCCUGGAAUCAGGGCUCCAGAUAGAAAACCAGCCCAGUCCUUUGGGCUAGAACCCCUUAACAAUGUGGCUGCUGAUUGUGCACCUGUUUUUGGGCUGGAAACGCAUGCUAAGCUGUUGGUUGCUUCUUCAUUAGCGCACUUCUGUUUCCCUGGUUACAAACAGUAAGGUUGUGUCCAGUUCUCAUUACUAGAAAAUAAUUUUGGAGUGUGGCUAAUUUUCAAAAAACGUAAACAGAUUAUAUUUCUGCUCUGCUAUAGACUGUAAUGUGGGCAGAACACCUUGUCAGAAGCCGCUGAAAGCAACCAAUCAGCAUUGUUUUGCAGUUCGAGUCUGAAAACCAGUGCGGUUUCAUACCGCCCUUGCGCUGGGGGAACAAAAACAAAUCACUUCCAGACUGCCCCUUUAACUAUGAGAUGCUCAGUUACAUCAUCUGACCACUGGUGCUAUUAUGUGCAUUUAGAUAAAUAAUUCAAUUAGUUUCAGUGUCCAGCCACCAGGGGCACUGUGUGCUAUGCAGUGAUCAGAAUCAGAAAGAUCGAAUGCUGGGAGGUACUGUUUGUAUGUACUGCUGCCUGCAUGGAGACUGGUUAUAUUACGCCUGUGUUACUUUUUUUGUUUUGUUUUGUUUUGCUGUGUCUCUUAAGGACAUUGUCUGUCCCUCUUUGCUGGGAUGGAGUGAGUGUUUUCUGGUUGCAGUUGUUACUGAUUUGAGAAAUUGUUGUGCUGUCCUGCAGGUGCAUGCUGGCUUGAUGCCCUGAUAAUCCACUCAAACUCCUUUAUGGGUGGCUAGCAUCCUGGCCAGCGCUAAUCCUGGACUAUCCCAUGUCACUUUAGGAAAGGUAGUCAGAGAUCUGUGAAACCAGCCAUUGGUAGUCCAAGACAAGUGCUACUGUGGGUCUUUUAGCCCUAAAUUCUGCAAAAUACAGACCAGCCUGGAAUGAAGCUUUGCGCUACUCCUCCUGGGGCAUAUUGAAUCCCGUUCCUGCCACUGACUGCUGUGUUGACAAUGUAUUUUCCCUUUAGGUAUUGAGAGUAACAUGCUGUAAGUUAGAUUCUCAAACCUGCGUUCUCUUUCCAUGUAUCCAGAACACUUGUGCAGUGCUCCCUUGUUGUUGCCCUGUCUGAUUUGCACGAGACCCAGAUCUUGUCAUAGACAGGGCAGUGAAUCGGUGACAGGCCUGUGCACAGUAAAGAAUGUCAGGUGUGCAGUUUACUGUCAGUGAAUUGGGAAAUGAUGCUGGAGCACUGCUGUUUGACCUGAAGGAUGAUGCCUGUGUGUGUUUUUUAAUCAUUAUUAUAUCGUACCGUAUCAUUUUGAAUAAAAUAACUGUUUUUCA